AUGGCGAUAUCAGAAGAAAAAGCGAAACUCGAAGUGUUCCUAGACUGGCUUCAGGUGAAUGGAGCUGAAUUACGAGGCUGCAACAUCAACUAUUCCGAUUCCCGAAAAGGAUUUGGCAUUUUCGCCUCCGCCUCCACCUCCACUGAAACUUCCGAUGAUGUGUUGCUUGUUGUUCCGCUUCAUUUGGCCAUCACCCCAAUGAGAGUUCUUCAGGAGCCUCUGCUGGGCCCCGAGUGUCAGAAAAUGUUCGAACAAGGACAAGUUGAUGACCGCCUUCUCAUGAUUUUGUUCCUCACUUUCGAGCGUCUCCGUCAAAAUUCUUCUUGGAAGCCGUAUCUUGAUAUGCUUCCCACUCGAUUCGGCAAUCCUCUUUGGUUUUCCGAUGAUGAGCUCCUUGAGCUCAAAGGGACUAACUUGUAUCAUGCAACCGAGUUACAGAAGAAGAAGUUGGUGUCACUUUUCCAUGAGCAAGUGGAGGGCCUCAUGAAAAAGCUUCUUCUUUUGGAUGGCGGUUCUGAAAGCGAAGUCUCCUUUGAACACUUUCUCUGGGCUAAUUCUGUAUUCUGGAGUCGUGCCUUGAACAUACCUCUUCCACAUUCUUUCGUGUUCCCACAAAGCCAGGAAGAUGUUGGGGGAACAAGUCAUACCAUUGAAACGAAUGGGGAAAAAGAUAUUCAGGCUGCAGUCUCUGGCCCGGCAUCUAUAGCACCCGGAGAUACCGUGUGGGUUGAAGGGCUUGUUCCCGGCAUUGACUUUUGCAACCAUGAUUUGAAGCCUGUGGCGACUUGGGAAGUUGAUGGGACCGGAUCAGUAUCUAGAGUUCCUUUCUCCAUGUACCUUCUCUCCGUUGCACAAAAUCGUAUCCCAAACAAGGAGAUCUCGAUCAGUUAUGGUAACAAAGGAAAUGAGGAGCUUCUUUACCUGUACGGAUUUGUGAUUGAGAACAAUCCAGAUGAUUAUCUCAUGGUACAUUAUCCUGUGGAGGCGAUUCCGAGUAUCCCCUUUUCUGAUACCAAGGGACAGCUUCUUGACGCCCAGAAAGCUCAACUCCGGUGUCUACUGCCAAAGUCGCUGCUGGAUGAUGGGUUUUUCCCACAGACGAGAUCAAAAGCCAGAGAAAGCGAUGAGAAGGAAACAGUGAGAUCCUGUAAUUUCAGUUGGUCUGGGCAGCGCAAGAUGCCCUCAUACAUGAAAAAGCUAGUUUUCCCAGAAGAUUUCAUGACUGGGUUGAGGACCAUUGCCAUGCAAGAAGAUGAGAUUUACAAGGUCUCAGCUAUGCUUGAAGAGCUUGUAGAGUCAAGACCAGAGGAGCAACCUUGUGAUACUGAGGUGAGGAUGGCGGUUUGGGAAGCAUGCGGGGAUUGUGGAGCACUGCAGCUACUUGUGGAUCUCCUUAAUUCAAAGAUGAUGAAACUGGAAGAGAAUUCGGGCAGUGAAGAACAAGAUACUCGGCGUCUUGAGGAGGCAUGCGUCUUAGAGAGCCACGAAGAGCCGAGGGAGUUGGAGGAAGAAGGGAGAAGGAGGAUGAGCAGAAACAAGUGGUCAAGUGUGGUCUACCGUAGAGGCCAGAAGCAACUCACAAGACUCUUCCUCAAGGAAGCAGAGCAUGCCCUUCACUUAUCCCUCUCCUCUUCUGAUCUUUGA